AUGGCUGCCAGCAUAUCCCGUGCUCCUUUCGACCAAAACGACAAAAAGUACACCAGUUGCUUCGGCAAAGUCCAUAUUCGGGUGAGAUUAUUUUAUUUUCCAGUGUUACACAAAAUAGGGUGACCUCUGAUCUUACAUUUAGUCCUCCAAGUUACAGGAUAAAAGUUCUCAAAUUUUUCUGACACCGUUUUUUUAUUUUUCAAAAAACGACGAAAGAGUAUCAUUAAAAAUCUUCUUUUUAGAAGCGAUUUUUUUCAUUAAAAAUGAAGAAUGUAGUGGUGAACCUUUUGGGUUUUCGAUAAGAUAUCAAAAAACCUGAAACAAAACGCACCGAUUCAAUCUAAAUCGCCCAUAAAAGGGAUCAAAUUUCAGAAAAGUGCCAAGAUAGUUGCGAUCAUCGUCAAUGUCCUCACAGCCAUCAACAUCAUCUUCAGCUUUACGCGCAGUUCUACUGUCAUUGUGUACACCCUGAUGAGGUGAUCGAAAAGCUUUGAUUAGCCCAAUGAGAGAACUAUUCCAGCGCGGCUUUUUCUGUCGUCGUUUUUGGCAGUUUGCUAUAUGGUGUUUACAAAGAGAAGCGACUUUAUCUGUUUCCAUAUUUACUUUUUCAGGUUUGAACUUUAGAAAACAUGGAUUUCAUGAGAUCAUUUGCAGCUCAUGUCAAUCGCAAUUACCAUAAUAAUCCUUUUUGCUUUCAUAAUUUCAAUUGCCGCCGGAUCUAGAAUGGUUGUCGAUCUCGGAAGAAAUCUCGGAAACAUUGAUUUGGAUGUUUCACAAGAAACGUUGGAUUCAGGUUCCAAAUCAAGUUUUAAAAAAGAGAAAAAGCAAGUAUUGGCUCUAGCACUUUCCCCUUACCUUGAAGAAAAAGAAGCUUUUUUCAGGAAAUUUCGAAAAAAUAUUUCAAUCGAUUCUAAAAUUCGUUCAGAGCUUGCAACUUUCACUGUUCUUUUCAUUCUUUUCAUGUGCAUCGGAGGAUUAUUCCAAGCUUACUUCCUCGACGUGAGGACAUUAAACCGAUUCAAAGUCAAGUAAAAUCAUUCUCAGAUCAUCUACGGUUUCCACAACUUCUUGAAGGACCGCGAAAAUUCCUUUUCCUUCAACUUUGAAUCGUACGCCAACAAUUCGUUCAGCGGCGUCGUUUCUUCGGAUCUUCAGGUUCCUCCGUCCUACUCAGCUCAGACGUCAACUGUGCAAUAGUAACAACGUGCAAAUAGAUAAUUUGACAUUUUGAGUGAUAAAUCUUCUUUUCUCUUUUUAUUUGUUUGAGAAAAAAUUAAAUAAAGAAUUCUUGCAAGAGACUGAAGUCAAAAAGUAAAAACCUUCUUUGUUAAGACAAAGAUAAACCAAGCUGUUCUCAGAUAAAAUGUUUCUACUACCUUCUCUUGCUAAAAAAAUUUCCAUGUUGAAAAAUAGUUAAUACACAGAUUAGUUUCCACUUCAUUAAAAAUCAAUUAGGCGCAGCCUUGUUCUGCGCCAUUUGGGUAUAGGCUGGGUUGGAAAAAAAGGGGCAUUUCGUUAACUUAUUCUCCUAAUCGAAUAUGUUGUAAAACACAAUUUUUUUAGAACUUUUUUUAAACACAAAACCGAAUAUUCUCAUUCGGCUAGUUUUUCGAGAUACGGUAGCUCAAACGAUUACGGUGAAAAGCUUCGAAAAUCUAUAUCUCGACAAAAGAUCAACGAAUCCUGUUCAUAGUUAGUCACAAGGUGCAAAAAAAUUUUAUUUAAAUUUUAAAAAUCUUAUACCUCAUACUUGCUCAGUAUGACUCAUAUUAGAACAUUUUUCUCGGAAAAAUCAAAACCAGUAUAUGACGUUGCGGUCCGGCGUUUCGUCUUGUUACCAUUAAAACCACAAAAAAAUUCUCUAUCUUUUGAGCCAAACAUGGAUUAGGCGAACUUUCCAUCUAAGACCCAAAAAAUCGAAAAAACAUGUAUCUUGAGUAAAUAUCUUGAAUAUCUUCCUUAUUUAUUACUAUUUCUGCUUGAAACUAACAAAAUCGUAAUCAGCACACAUUUUUACAUCUAGUAGGUCACUUCCAAAUCAAAAACAAAAAAAAACCUCUUUUUAUCCAAAAAAUUUUUAUGUCCGAGAACCGAAAAAAUUUGUAUGCCCUGGCAUACAAAUUUUCGAAGUUUUUUGCUUAUAAUUUUUUUCAAAAUCGAAGUAUCUAUUCGAAACAAAGUUUUUUGUCUCCGUUACGGUUACCAUAACAAAGGAGCAUACACCUUUUCAGGUCAGCUAAAAAAAAAUUUUUCCCAAAAAAGGUCAUUUUUCAAAAUCCCCAGGGGGGAAAAGGUUUCGUUUUAGGUUCGCAGUUAAAACAAGUACGAAAUUGUUCAAACUUUGUUCAGAAACUAUAUGCAGAUCCUAAUGUAGUGAAGAUUCGUUGAAACUAACUUAUAUAGGUGAAAGUGCAUGAAUGAAAAGUUUUGAGAAGAUGCAGUUACUCAAACACCAGUUUUAUUGUCAGUAAAAGUGUCUUUAGUGUUAUGAACAAGUGAAAAGGCUAAAAAAAUUUGAAUCAGAAAAAAACUAUGAUCUUUGAAGCAUAUUUUAUGAUGCUAGUGAGUGAUUUUCCAGAAAGGCACACAAUUUGGGAAUAUUUUUUUCAGUGAAAAAUGUUUCGAUGAAUUGAAUUUUCAAACUUUUGUUGAGUUUAGGUUGAUUAAAAAUUGAAAAACUGCGGGGGAAACCCAAAUCCUUUCGUUUCGUGGCUCCCCCACGAUGGCGACUGGGUUUAAAUUUAAUUUUGAGAAAAAAAAUAUUAAGCCCCUAGUUCCUAGAUGUUAUUGCUUUGGCUAUUUUCUUCGAAUUUAAAUUCAUUCGUUUUUAUUGUUGAAGUUAUAGUGGAGUUUUUUUGAUUUCACAGAUUUACAAAUUUAUUCAGUUUUAGGAAACUUUCUUUUCAUUUCAACUUAUUCUGAUUUUGAGGAAAAAGUUCUCGUUUCAAAAAUCAUUUUUUUGUUGGAAAGCAGAUUUUUUUGCCGAACGAAUGCAUCAUUUUUGUACAGUUCAUUUUGUACGUUAAGUAUUUAAAUUUUAUACAACAUUACUUUUGCUGUGACCGGGAAGACCUUCCGAAAACAAAACCAAUACAAACGGGUGACAUUUCUCUCAAAUCAUAAACAUCCCGCGUAGCACUAGUCCUAUAAAAACCUUUGGAACAGCGGAAUCACAAGUUCUCUUUUCUGCUCUAGUAUGUUCUAAGUUUUAUUGACUCUUGAUGCUUUUUUUUUGCAGAUGUCGAACGUUUUAGUGCUUCUAGCUGCCUGCUUUCUUGGGGCCAGAGCGAUUUCGGUAGGAGAAGAGCCACCUUUCUUUGUCAAAUGUGGUUCAGCUCACUCCGGAGAAGGCUCUCGAGGAGAUGAUCAAAUGGGACGCCAGCCAUCCGCCAGUCACUGGUCCUCCGAGCAGCAACCUGAACGGCAACGCCGGUUCCAACGGCAACGGCAAUGCCAACAACGGCUCCAAUCCCAAUCCAAGCUUUAAUAAUCCUAUUAACAAUACCAACGGAAACGGGAGCGCACACCCUCGUGUAAAUUCGGAGUCUAUAAGUAAGUACUGCGUAUUAGCUGAUGUCAAUCUUUUUUUCACAGAAGUCAAAAAAGUUCUGCUCAAAAUAAACACCAAUCCUAUAGAAUUUUUGUCGAGUGGAGGUGAGAGAAGAUACCUCAGUAUGGAUGCAAUUUCUUUGUAUUCAAAAAUUCAGAUGACUUCACGAUUACGCAAAGCCAAGUAGCAGAUGGAAUCUUAAGCAUUGAACUCGAUAACGUUCAAAAACAAGUUUUAAAGUCGGUUUAAAGAUGUCCACAUCAUUCUACUAUCCAUUUUCAGCCCUUUCGUCAUCCAAAACAAUUGCUUCUUCACACUUUCGCAAAAUGUCCAGAUUGAUUUGAAUAAAUUAGAAUACAGUAAGUAUUUCAAGCAUGUAAGUUUUAAUUUAAAAAGUUGUAGGUCUUGUGAAAACCUCAAAAACUUCGAAUUCGUGCCAGGUUUGGAUCAAAAUCUACCGAGUUGGCUCGCCCACUACAGUAAAACUCAUUGUUAAAUGA